UUCUCUGCUGCGUUCACAUGUGUCCCCAACGACUCCGCGUAGCGCUCACUGCGCCAAGGUGAGCGUGUUCUGUGGGAACCGAUGUGAGCGGCUCACCGCCUGACUGACUGACCCAGAGAGAGAGAGAGAGAGAGACAGAGAGAGAGAGAGAGAGAGACCAUCUUUCCUCCCUCACAACCCAUCUUCCCCUCGCCUGUUAGAGACCGCAGCGCCAGCCGUUCGCUUCGGCAUCUUUCUCUUCUCCUCCUCCUCCUCCCCCUCAUCUUCCUCGCUGCGUCUCCUCUUCAUCCAGAGGAGGAACCGGAGAGCCCCCUCGUGAUUUUGUGGAAAUACAUUUUUUUGCUCUAUUUUUUUCCCUGCUGGGUGUUGGUAGCGCGCAGUUGGUGCGCGCCUCUGCAAAUUCCGGUGAAUGGUGGAUUUGGCAAACAUGGAGAGCGUGGAGAAGGAAUGCGGGGCCCUCGGGGGUCUGUUCCAGGCGAUUGUCAACGACAUGAAGUGUUCCUAUCCUGUGUGGGAGGACUUCAGUGCCAAGGCCACCAAGCUGCACUCCCAGCUCCGAACCACUGUUCUGGCUGCUGUGGCCUUCCUGGACGCCUUUCAGAAGGUGGCAGACAUGGCCACCAACACCAGAGGGGCAACUAGAGAUAUUGGUUCAGCUCUGACCAGGAUGUGCAUGAGGCAUCGCAGCAUCGAGGCCAAACUUCGCCAGUUCACCAAUGCUUUGAUGGAGAGUCUCAUCACUCCUCUCCAGGACAAGAUUGAGGACUGGAAGAAAACAGCCAACCAGCUGGAUAAGGACCAUGCGAAAGAGUACAAGAGGUCACGCCACGAGAUCAAGAAGAAGUCAUCUGACACCAUGAAACUACAGAAGAAGGCUCGUAAAGAGAUCCAGGGGCGAGGAGACCUGCAGCCUCAGCUCGACAGUGCCAUGCAGGAUGUUACCGACAUGUGCCUGUUAAUGGAGGAGACAGAGAAGCAGGCAGUGCGCCGCGCCCUGGUGGAGGAGAGGGGUCGCUUCUGCACCUUCAUUGGCUUCCUGCAGCCAGUCGUGAACGGAGAGAUCGCCAUGCUGGGAGAGAUCACUCACCUCCAGGCCAUCAUUGAUGACCUCACUGUGCUGACAACAGAUCCUCACAAACUGCCCCCUGCUAGUGAACAGGUGAUUAAGGAUCUCAAGGGGUCAGAUUACAGCUGGUCCUAUCAGACCCCUCCCUCAUCUCCCAGCAGCUCUGGCUCACGCAAGAGCAGCAUGUGCAGCAGUGUCAACAGCGCCCACAGUAGUGCCUCCCGUUCGUCAGGAGGAGGAGGUAGUUGUGGUUUUGGCGGAGGUGGUGGUGGAGGUUCCCAACCGCACUCACCCACCUCCUCCUCCUCCUCCUAUCGGUACCGCAGCAGCCUGCCGCACCAGCCUCCUCCGCCGGGGGGCAUCGCAGCACACCGCCUCAGCAGCGUCUCCUCCCACGACUCUGGCUUCGUGUCCCAGGAUGCUAAUAUCUACUCCAAGCCCCCGUCACCCAUGCCCUCGGACAUCACGAGCCAGAAGUCGUCCAGCUCAGCAUCAUCUGAGGCCUCAGAAACCUGCCAGUCGGUCAGUGAAUGCAGCUCCCCCACCACUUUUGGCUCGUCCUUCGCAACCUUCCGCCCCGCUCUCUCUCACUCUGGCUCCACCAGGCCUCUCUCUGUCAUUCUUCCCGUUCCUGCGUCCCCACCCUAUAACUGCCCCCCCGGAUCCAGCUCCUCCUCUCCCACAUCAAAGGUUCCUAUCUGGAAGGAUUGGUCCAAAGCAGGUCAGUAUGAACAGCCCGUGGCUGCAGCAGCAGUUCAGAGGAGAAAGGAGCCCCUCGAUAGACUGAGGGAGAGCGAAGCGUCGCCAGGCUCCCAGGGGUACGCUGGGCCAUCACACCCCGAUGAUGGCCAGAGAGCCAGGAUGACCCCGGCUACUAUUGCUGCCAAGCAUGGAGAGGAGGUUUCCCCAGCAGCCAGUGACCUGGCCAUGGUGCUGACCAGAGGGCUGAGUGUGGAGCAGCAGAAGAACAGCAGAGACUCGCUGCAGUACUCCAGUGGAUACAGCACAGAGACCACAACCCCAUCCUGCUCUGAGGACACCAUCCCCUCACAAGGUUCAGACUAUGACUGCUACUCAGUGAAUGGUGAUGCUGAAGGCCCAGAUGGACAGACAGAGUUUGACAAGUCCUCCACCAUUCCUCGUCACUCUAAUAUCGCCCAGAACUACCGGCGCAUGAUCCAGACCAAGAGGCCAGCCAGUACAGCCGGCCUCCCCACUGGUGUUCUUGCUCAUGGGAUAUCAGGACAGCCUGGUGGAGGUGGAGCAGGGACUCCAGGCACUGCCACCAUUCGACGAACCCCAUCUACUAAACCGGGUGUUAGGCGCACAUUGUCCAAUGCGGGUCCCAUCCCGAUCCGACCACCCAUUGUGCCUGUCAAGACCCCCACUGUUCCCGGAGACUCACAUUCACCUGGGGCAGGGGGUGGUGCGUAUGCAGCUGGAGGACAUGCAGGUGGUGUACCUGUGCGUGUGGGCAGUGAGGAGUGUGUGUUCUUUGCUGGAGUGGAGGAUGCACAGGGUGCGCUUGAUUAUGUGAAGGCGUCACCCAAGCGCCUCAGCCUGCCUAAUACUGCCUGGGGAUCAGGGGCAGCGUUAGAGGUCUAUGCCCAACAGCAUGGGGGUCUUGUAAUGGGGACAGGCUCAGGGGCCGGAUCAGAGGAGGAUCAGAUGAUUGCAGCCAAUCGGCACAGCUUAGUGGAGAAGAUCGGCGAGUUAGUAGCCAGUGCACAUGCCCUUGGAGAGGGGCAGUUCCCUUUCCCCACCCUUCCUGAUGACCCGGCCCUGCCACUGACCAGCUCCACUGAUGCUCAGACAGGGACAGAGGAAGCAGAGGGGUCUGGUGAUAUGUUGACCACUAUCAGGAGAGGAGUUCGCCUUCGCAAGACCGUGUCCAAUGACCGCUCUGCACCGCGCAUCUUGUGAUUGGAGGAGAAGCAGGAAGAAGAUGAUACUCGUCAGCCAAUAGGAAGUCAGGUGUUGGUGUGGUGCAACCCAACCGCCUAGUACAUUCACGAAAAACUUAACCAUGUAGGGAAAGCUAUAAUAUAAAAGAAGAUGAAUAAAAACAUACACAAAAAAUAAGUUUUAAAACAUCAUUAGAGUAAAUUAUAUAUAAUAUUACAAUGACAAUAACAUUGUUAAUGUUAAUUCAUGCUGACAAUUAAAAGUUAAAUACUGAAUAUUGACAGGCUCCUAGCAGGCCACUAUAACUAGUGUGUGUUGGACGCAUGUUUGUCUUCUCUACACCCUCACCCAGGGACGGACAGACUCGUAGGAGAGACAGGUAAAAAAAUGAGGCGAAGAAAGCGUGAAAGACUGGGUUCUGUUCUGUUUGCCAAUCUUCACUUUUCCCCACCCUCUUCUCUAACUAACCCAAACCAUCUAAUCCCAGAUGAAAGACUGAUGACUGAACGAGGGGCCACUGGGGACGAAAGGGAGAAGUGGGAGGGGGGAUUAGAGUUCCAUGUGACUGGCUGGAUUUGAACUGGCUGUCUCAGCAACAACACACUGUACUUAUUAGCCCAGUAAACUGAAGCUUUGGUAUUAGCACGGGGAGCUAACAAGCCAGACGGCUUCUCUGGUUCAUCCGAAAGUAUGAGUCUGUUGGCAUUGAACCGUGCUAGUGCCCCUUCCCCUCUCUCUCUCUCUCUCUCUCUCUCUGUUUAGUGUGUGUGCAUUCAUGUGUAUGUAUGUGGGCAAAUGUGAAAGAUGGUUGCGUGCGCAUGUGGAUGAAUGUGUGUGUGCGUGCGCGAGGGGGGUGGGUAGAGCUCUGCUGCAGGACAGCUGGUUACCCAAUGAGGGCAGGGCUUUUCUCCUGUGUGUCGUACGUGUAAUUUCUUGUUUAUAUUGUGACGUCAUUUACCUUGUUGCCACUGUACGAGACGUUAGGAGAAGUAAUCCAGGCGUAUAGAUAUAUUCAUAUAUAUUUUCUAGAACCAGAGAGAAAUGUUAAAUCAGAAAUGGAGCAAUAAAUGUGUUUUAUUUUCUUGUUUCGAAAAAAAAAAGAGGAUUGAUGGGAGUUUUGUGGAUUCUCCUUUGUCACAUUCAGGCAAUCAUCAGGAAUGCUAAAUUACACAUUGACUGUGAAUUCAUGCCAAGCCAGGUUUGGCCUUUUUUUUUCUCUCUCUGUCCCUGUCUCUGUUUAGGGGAGGAAGCUGAUCACAAAAAAAAAAAUGUUGAGAAAAAAAGGAAAACUGUAAGCACUUUGAAGCAGUAGGUGGUAGUGUAGAGUAUGUACAAUAGCCACUAGGUGUUGCUGUAGUCAUACAGUCUAAUAGGGAGCAUGAACGUGAGAGAGAAGGUUGUCAAUAAGACUGUGUCCUGAGGAAAUUAUUUAAUUUGUGGAAGAAAGAGGAAGUGAAGAAGACUUGUAAUUGGAGUGGACUGAUUGGUCAAAUGAGAGAUGGGAUAAGAAAGUUAAAUCUAAAUAUUUAUUUAGAAAUGGACUGGAGGUCACGGCCCUUCAGGGCUCUACAAGCCAUCGCCAGCUGUGGACUCUUGAAUAGUGCUGAGGGUUUUUAUGAUGUGGUUGCGAGACUGAGCACACAAUCCCCUAGAACAACUCUACAUAGAGAGGUCAGGCUACUUUUGGAAAUAAGCUUUAGAUGGUUGGUUCACCCUCAUGACAAACAGGCAUGUUCUCAUUAGCCAUGCAGAUUGUUUCGGUUUAAUUUUAUCCAGGUUAACAUUUCUGACUCCUCCCCAACAAUCAGGGUGAAGGCAAUUUUAUUUGUGAUGCUCAUAACAUUAAAACAAUCCUGUUGAAAACAGCUCCUUCUCUGCCCAGAGACAAUAGUCUUGUUUCUCUGGUUCAUUGACAGAUUCUCUUUUCUAAAUCUAUAUAUAUUCUACCAGGAGAUGUUACAGUAACUUGGAUACUUUCUCAGACUCAUCACUGUGGAUUUUUUUAAAAUGCUUUUUUGAUACUGCAAGCACAACAAAUUCAAUAAACCUCUAUUGUACUAGGGUGGAGGCAGGAAUCUCACAUACCUGGGCGAAUAGAUCCCAAACCAUCACAAAGCAGGAUAUUAGAGAAUAUGUUUAUUUGUAAUUGGGCUCCACUGACUUUUAAACCUACAACAGUAGACUUAGGAUGCAAUUUACAUGUGUCCAAAUCCCAUACAACCAAGCAAUCUCAUAUUUAUGUAUAAAUACAUAUCAGCACAUUGGCUUAUCUGCAAUUAUGGUCGUACCUAUAAAUAAUGUCAUCUUGCAUAGUGGGGAGGCACAGUUAAGCCUUGAACAUGGCUGACCAACAACCUUUAGCCCCAGAUUCACUUUAGUCAAAACCUUCUCCUUGUAUUUAACGACCUACAGCAAUUGUGUGUUUCAUACAAAAUUAUACAGCACAAAAAGAAACUGACGAAAGAACAUGUGCAGUUUGUUGCUAACAGUGUUGGGCAAGAACACAUAGUGAAAUGUCAUGGUCAUCAUUUGUUUUUCCACUAAGCAUAAAGGGAUUGGGCUGGUAUAAGAUAUCCAGAUAUUUCAUUACAGUUACUUAUUAACAGUUUAGGCAUCAAACUGUUGGAGGUGUAGAAGAUAGCAGACGUCAGCUGGACACGAUAGCUGAGUGAAGGGCAGUUGGCGGUUUGCCCCUGUCAAACAAGGGUAAACAAACACCUCCCACCAACUCCAAUGUUUUCUGACAGCAUUCAUACAUAGUGAUUUCUGAGCUGACAGUCAGCAACAGGUUGCUUUGCUUUUGGCUCUGUGAGGUCACCAGCUCUGGGCUAAUGUUAACUCUUGGCAGUCUUUAAAAGUAAAGUAACAAGUAAUGUUACUUACUACUGUUCUGGCAAUGUGGUGUUUAACUAGUAACUUAUUACAUUUUUCAUAGUUCAGGUUCGUCACCAGAAAGGAUUUAAACAUAACCACAUUCCUUCUAUUUAUUCAGUCACAGAAAAUUAAUGUUGUUCCAGUGAUCAAGUUUUUUUAGCCUAUUGAUUGUUGUGUGAGCUCAACAUUGCUGUCUUAGCUAAAUUAAACCUACCAGGCUACCCCAGUGCAUUUCAGUCCAGCUCAGUGCAGAUAACCCAGUUGGGCUCAGGGCACGGCAGAAUGAACAUUUGUGGACAUUAAGGAAAGGUGAUGAUGCGUUUACUGAUGACAAAGAAGCAGAAUAGUUUGAGUUAGACUCGUGAAACUGACAGAGAGAGGAAAAGAUGUGUGGAACGAGCAUUUCACUGCCUGUUCAUACAGUGUGUACUGUAUAUGCUGAUACUUGUAACCGAGAAUCAGGCGCACAGAUUUGGUAUAUAGGUUUGUUAGGAAAUAUUACAUGGACAAUUUAGUUUAUAUUAUUUUUUCAUCCUGCAGUAGGCUACUGUUUGAAUAUUAAGUCUUACUUUUCAUUAAUGUAAAAAGAAGAAAAAAAUACUCCAGUUGUAACACAAACUACUAAGCUGUGUAACAUAUGGAUGCGGGGUGCGUGGGUCGAGAGCGAGUGUGUCUUUGUUUGGCUGUUGAACUGUAGGCUAGGUGAAUUCUUCAUCAACAUGUCUGUACGUGCUUUUAGCAGUGACUUGAACAUAGCCAGUGACAUCAGCACUCUUUUUGUCCACCUAUUUAUUAUAUUUUGCUGAAUAGAGCACUGUUUUAGACAUGUGUGUGGCUGUUUUAAAGAGAAAAUUAGGUUGAUUUAAUAUAAAGAGACAGAGAGGAGGAUGUUUGCGAGUUUCAAACAUUGUCCCCCUCUGCAAGCACUUUUCUUUCUUUUUAUUUACUACAGUGCUUCAGCAAGGGGAUGUUUUAUUGUUUUUGUCUGGGGGGGUAAUACUGUAAGUGUCCUGUCACAUGCGGAUGUUGCGUGUUGUAUCAGGUGAAUCAGACUGGGUGAGAGGGUGGAAGGGGAGAGCAGAGGGCUCGGACUUCACCGCCCCCCCUCCCUAAAAUAGAAAAGUUAAAAGUAAAAAAAUGUUCAUCUGAAGUGUUUGUUUCAGACGACACAUUGUACACGGAUAUACAUACAUUUCCGGAAUGUACUACAAGCUGUGUGACUUGCUCGAAAUGUUGCAACGUCAGAAUUUUGUUCUUGUACAACUGAAUGAAGUUUCCUGUCUGAACGGCAGGGAAGCAACACAAUAAUAGUGUGCAUGUAUGUACAUUCACCAUGAUGUUCCAGUGUGGGCGUGUUAAAGGAAAGUACUACUGUUUUGUCCACUCGAGGGUACUUGGUGAUCCCCCAUCUACAACCUAUUCCAUACUGCACGGCUCUAAAUGUAUGAUUUGGACAUUUGAAAACUAUCCAAGGACGCUGCUAGAGCAGAUUCCACUAGUCUGAGUGUUUGCGUGCUGUGCGUAUAUCAAUUCUAUUGCAAAGUGACACAAUUGAACUCACUGCCACUUGUCUACAGUAAGUAAUUGCUUGAGUAAAGGGUUUAUAAACUCCUGCAGAACAGACUCAUUUCCAGACGAUGGACACUAACUCAGGACAAGACAAGGCUUCUGAAAAACAUAGGGUUUUCACAUUGACUGAGAGCUCAAGAUGUAACUGCACACAGGAUGACUGGCUGUGAGAUGAGUGUAAGAUACAACACUGCUACUUUCCUUGAAAUCGCCCCCAAAUAACAGCACAAGUUAUCCAACUAAACAAUAAUUUCUUUUUUUUACAUGCUGAAUUAACUGUGUACUGAACUAACUGUCUGAACAAGCUGAAAUAACUGCUCUGCUACACACGUGUCAAUAUGCCAAUUUUUUAUGAGUUGUUGUCUGUGGGUAGAAGUCGGCAAAGCAGAGCUACAGUGAAAACAUUCUGUAGGAAUAUACAGGACAUAAUUACAUGCGUGCAGGCAUGCGUGCAUACACACACUCACAGAAAGACUUGCACAAACGCACACAUAUACACACUGUAGGAUACACACAGGGAGGAGAGUACACAGUCGUGACUACAGCAUGCCUAAACGAAACAAGCAGCGUAGAAAACAUUUUAAAAUGGGAAAUAUUCUCAACUUUCAGUGACAUGGCAACAUUGAAAUAUCCUCAGCCCUGAGCUGUCUUGUUGCCAGCAAUAUCUAUAUAAAUACAAACACGGAACAUAUGCUACAUUUCUGUCAUGUUACAGCGAUAUUCAUACACUAUUGCAUACUGACUUCAGAAAAUACUCUUUCUUUAGUCCCAGUCCCACAGACUCUCCGUGCUGUUGAGUAUUGAGUUUGUGCAUAUAGAUUGUAAAAUGUUAAAGGAGUCGUUUGACAUUUUGGGGACCAUUCAUUGCCUUCGGGCUGAUAGCUGAAAACAUGAAUUCCACCUGUAAGCAGCCUGUCGAUUGUCAGUAAACCUCAGCAUAAAAGCAGAUGGAAGAACAGCAAAAACAAAACCCUCCUUCAACGUUACACAAUCCACCAGUGUCUCAAAUUGAAUUCACACAAAAAAAGUUUGUUGCGCUUCCAUCCACUAUCUACACCACUCAUCCUCUCGAGGAUUGUGGGGGGAGCCAAUCCCAGUACACCCUGAAAAGGUCACCAUUGCAUUGCAGGGUCAACAUACAGCCAAAUAACCAUUCACACUCACAUUCACUCGUACGGUACUUGUACUCUCCACUGUGGGGGGAAGCGCCCAGAGGAACCCACUUGGACAUGGGGAGGACAUGCAAACUUCACACAGAGAUUCCAACCUGGAAUACCACAUGCCACCCAUCUGAGGCAUCCUAAGAAAAACAAAAGAACCAAAAUUCUCCAAAAUAUUCAUCUCCUCCUUUAACAUUUGAUGAAAACCUUUGUUUGAUCCUUCUCUGAGAUGGUGGAAACACAGCCAGAUUGAGACAGAAAGACUCAACAGCAACAUUGUCUGCAAAGCCUCGAUGAAAAACUGCCAAUUCAGUCUUGAGUUUGCCUUUCAACAAACACAUCUUUAACCAAAAGCAAAAGAAAUCUGGAUUUUGAAAUCCCUCUGAUCCCCAGACACCUCCAUAUCCCUGUCUUCUUUUUCCUCUGUAUUCUGUUUCUCAUUCUUUUCUUAAAACACCGCUGAACCUCCACAGAUCGAUACUCACAGGGAAUCUAGCUGACAAAUCACAAAACAUUGCCUGUCAUAGAGAGUCUGGAUUGCUGUACUCUGUCUCUGUGCCUCACAGCCCAUCAAAGCUAAUGAAAAAUAAUUCUGAUGAAGUCUUUAUUUUCAUCAUAGUCACUCUCUCUCUCUCUGCCUCCCCCUGACUCCUCUUCCUCCCUCUCUCUCCAUGUCUGUGUGUGUCAGUGUGCAACACUCCACGUGCAUGUGUGUGUGUGUGGUAAUGGCUAACGGGUGGUAUCAUUAUGGGUCCAGAGUGAGCUGUUCAAAGAAGUGUCAGCUGGGGCAAACUUCUCCCUCCUGCACCAGUAACGUGAGCUGGUUUUAAAGCAAGCAGCUGGAUGUCUCCAUCUCAGCACUAGAUUACAUUUUAAUUAAUUUUGAUCAAGCUUUUUCAGACAUAUCCUUUUGGCUUAAUCUCACAGGCUGUUUAUAUUACUUUGAUGGUUUCUUGGUGAGCUGUUAAAAAAAAACCCUGCAAGAUGCAAGUGUGGGUAGUAAUUCAACAUGCAGAGGGAUAUUUCACCCACAUUACCAUCACAAACAAUCUGAGGGUGAGCUUCGUAGCCAUUUUGCUAUAUUUCUGAUUCCGCUGCUGUCUCGCCUGCUUUUGGGGAUGCGCUGUUUGUGCUGCAUUUUUAGCACCGCUCUGGUCUUAAUAAAUCGAUGUCAUGCAUUGUGGAAUAGAGGUGAAUGAGUCACUGCGUGUGCAAUGGCCAACUUAAAGCUAAAACCUAGUGCCUGGAUAAAUGCAGGGCCUGAAAACAUGAGGUCUGGGGCAGAGAGCUUUUAAUAAAGUGCAGCAAAAACAAUUUGAAUAAAAAGAUUUCUUCAUCAAAGUCAGAGAUGAAGAUCUCAUAUUUCCAGAUCCAUAUCUUCCAUAACAUUAUUGGCCAGCUACUAAAAACACAAUUUACCGUUUCAUUAAUAAGCUAUUCUCCAACCACAGUAAGAAAUGUAGAGGCUGAGGAAGAUUUGAGCCGCAGGAAUCGACAAUGUGUCAUUUUGUUAUUGUCAGAUGUGACAUAAUGGGAUUAAAAGUAAGGUAGGCAGGAGCUGAGGCUGCCUGUUGAUGGUCGAUGAUCAUAAAACAUAUAGCAGUGGCCGACCCACUCAUUAGUUUUGUUGACUAUCCAUACAUUCAGAUGAGUUUCCGUAGUUACUUAGAUUUAUGGGAAAUUGAGUGUUUGCACAUAGCUUGAACUUGCCAUUAGAAAUGUUUUGUGAUUGUGAUGUGUGCAUUUAAAUGCACAGAGAACUCUCAACCAUUUUGAUAAAUAAUUGCUGUUGAGGGAAAGUUAUAUGUAUUUACGAUGAGACCUGUAUAUACAACCCACUCCUUUAGCCAUCUGCCCAGGUUAUAUUGAGUGUGUGUGUGUGUGUGUGUGUGUGUCUGUACACUGUAUUGUGUUGCAAGUGGUUCAGACCCCUGCUGUUCCUCCCCCCACCUCCCACACACAAUCUGUCAAUCGUUCCUACCAUCUAAUCCACUACACACACACACACAAAAUUGACUAAGGUAGAUUCUUUCAAGUGACAUGGGGGUCAUGAUGAAACACAGUGUAACUUCCUGUCAUACAGCCAUGCGGAGGGGAGUGGCCUCCUGGUGCCAAGGCCACUUUAACUAAACUGAGUCUUUCUGUCGGUGUUCCAGUUCUUGCUAGUAGUCUCUCGCUCGCUCGCUCUCUUCCUCUACAAACCUUCAUCUGCACUCGACACAGAAAUCUCUUCACAACUGAGCCGUUAAAAUCAUUUCAAUGGGUCUGUUCUGUUCAAACGACAUCAUUGUGACGGUCAGCUUCAUCUUUCUGUACAAAUCGAUCUUCUGCUCCUCUCGUCCCUCCUGAGUAGCCCUGAAGGCACUAUGGUCUUGUCUUUCUCUCUUUUUCCCCCUCUCACCUCUUCUGCUCUUCUUCUUUAAUUUAUCGUGAAUUAAUUUCUGAGGUUGUUUGGCCUUUCAGUCGCUGAUGUUGAGGUUUUUUCUUUUCUGUCUUUUUUUUGUUAACUUUAGUCACUGCUAAUGUAACAAAACGCACUGUGAUGA